ACAAAGUUUUACAAAAUGGAUUUUUAUUACUCGCCUCGCGGAAGUGGAUGUCGCACAGUCAUUAUGGUGGCGAAGGCUCUUGGACUGGAGCUAAACAAGAAGCUAGUGAGCACUUUGGACGGCGAUCAGCUGAAGCCAGAAUUCGUGAAGCUGAAUCCCCAGCACACCAUUCCCACCCUGGUGGAUAAUGGCUUCUCUGUUUGGGAAUCCCGCGCCAUCGCCGUUUAUUUGGUAGAGAAAUACGGCAAGGAUGAUUCCCUCUUCCCGAAGGAUCCCCAGAAACAGGCCGAGGUCAAUCAGCGUCUUUACUUUGACAUGGGAACGCUGUAUGACAGCUUUGCCAAGUACUACUAUCCUCUUUUCCGAACUGGCAAGCCCGGCACUGCCGAGGACUUCAAGAAGAUCGAGACCUCCUUCGAGUACCUGAACACUUUCCUGGAGGGCCAGGACUACGUGGCCGCUAACCAGUUCACCGUGGCCGACAUUGCCAUCGUGUCCACAGUUUCCACUUUCGAGAUCUUCGAUUUCGACCUCAGCAAGUACCCAAAUGUGGCCAGGUGGUACGCCAAUGCGAAGAAGGUGACUCCCGGAUGGGACGAGAACUGGAGUGGUCUUCUGGAACUGAAGGCAGUCUUUGAGGCCCCUAUUCUUAGCAUGGAUCUCUACAACAUGGCCGGUUCUCCGAGCACCCGAGCUAUUAUAAUGACCGCCAAAGCUGUGGGAGUCGAGCUGAACUCGAUAAAUGUCAAUACCUUUGUGGGGGAGCAACUAAAGCCAGAGUUUGUGAAGAUAAACCCCCAGCACACCAUUCCCACCCUGGUGGACCAUGGAUUCGUAAUCUGGGAGUCCCGUGCCAUUGUUGUUUAUCUGGUGGAGCAGUACGGGAAGGAUGAUUCUCUGUACCCCAAGGAUCCUCAAAAGCAAGCUCUGAUCAACCGGCUGCUCUACUUUGAUAUGGGCACUCUGUACGAAGCCAUUGCCAAGUACUUUUUUCCUCUUCUGCGUACUGGCAAACCAGGAAGCCAGGAGAACUUGGAGAAACUCAAUGCUGCCUUUGAUCUCCUGAACACUUUCCUGGAGGGACACGAUUACUUGACCGGAAACCAACUGUCCGUGGCCGAUAUCGUCAUCUUGGCCACCGUUUCUACAAUCGAAAUGGUUGACUUCGAAUUAAAUAAAUUUCCGAACGUGGACAGAUGGUACAAGAAUGCCCAGAAGGUUACUCCCGGUUGGGACGAAAACAUAAAAAGGAUUCAAAAUGCCAAAAAAUUCCUAGCCGAAAACCUAAUAGAAAAGUUAUAAAGGUUUUUACUACAAAUU